GUUUUAAACAUCCCAAAAGUAAUGCCACUGGUAACUGAAACUACGUACACAUAAUCUGCUUCCAUUCAUGGAUCCACUCCAGAUUGAUCAGCAGUACUACAGAGAAAAAGAAACCGUAGCUCAACAAGGUAUAGUAGGCUGAACGUCUCAGUCGUCUGGUUCGCAGUCGUAGCCAGCAAGAUCCUCAAGGCGAGUAGCUCCUGCAAGCUCCUGAUCUGGAGUAAAUCGCGUGCGAAACAUUUGAUAUCCACCCAAGCUGAGAGUACCGGACCUCGAAGGUGUUGCAGCAGAGGAGCUGAACGAUUUUGAAAGGAGAGGAAGAAGCACAGCAAAGAGUGAAGUGGCUCAAGGAAUCUAUGGCUUCACCGAUCCUCACUUCUUUCUCGUUCUUGAGGAUGUAGACGCAGAUGUCGUAGGACGUAGGGAUCCUCGACAUAGUAGAUGCAGUUGGUGUCAACGGAUGCGAACUUAUCGGCAUCGACAGGCAGGCACCUGCAUGCAGUCGCCGGCGAAGAGGGCACGGCUGCCAAUGUUCUUCACCGGUUCAAGCGCAUUGCUCCCGGCGUCGAUCUUGAAAACCUCCAUGCCGUUCCUCCCGGCUGCUGACACGCGGGGCCGGGCCCGCAUGCAGCGAGCGUGCCGUUACGGCAGAGGAUCCGCGCCCGUCGCAAAAAGGGACCUUGUUCUGAUCUCCUCCUCUCCCUGCCCUCCCGACCCCACAACCACCGCGCGCGCGCGGGGAGCCCGGCGAUGAGUCGCCGGGCUAUGGACCUGAACACGGCACCGCCGCCGCCGGAGGCGUGCUCGAUCUGCCUGGACCCCGUGGUGACCCGCGCCGGGGCGAGGUCCGUCGUGACGCUGCAGUGCGGCCACGAGUUCCAUCUAGACUGCAUUGGAUCGGCAUUUAAUGCAAAAGGAGCAAUGCAAUGCCCGAAUUGUCGGAAGAUUGAGAAAGGCCACUGGCUCUAUGCAAAUGGACGCCAGCCAUCUAGUGAUUCUGAUUUGGGUAGCUGGGUGACUAGUGAAAUAUAUGACAUUAUCUCUGACCUUCUUCGGCGAUCUCCCUUUGAUGGGUCUACACUGCUGGCAUUUCAGGACCACGAGCCAGAGCCAACUUCUUUUGAAGAUCGUUCAAAUUCUGAACACAUGCCAUUUUAUCUGCUGCGUCCAACUGGCAUGGAAAGUCAUGCAACUGCUGAUUUGAACAAUGUUCAAGUUUUUGAUAGAACUGAGCCAAGAAACUAUGAGAUAGAGCACCAGUAUUUAGAUAAUCUUCCAAUGUUGGGCAUUCCCAAUCAUCCCACAGCCCCAUUUGGCAUAGGGGUACCAAGAUAUGAUGGCAGAAAUCAGCAAAGUUCGAGACAAUAUAUGCACUCUCAUCCCUUACUCGACUGGCCCACGCCUCAAAGUGGAAGCAGUUUUAUUGCACCAAUAGGGUCAUCGCCACCUGUUACACCUGAAGCUAGAAGCCAUGGUCAUGGUAUGAGGAGUCAUGUUUUUCAGCAGACAGUCCCGUCCAACACACCAAUCAGUCCAUACUUUCCUACAGCCAGGAGGGUUCGGCCGAGUGCUUUGUCAAUCGCAUCUUUCAUUGCAGCGUCAUACGAAGCUGAGGCUAGACGACCCCAUGACAUCUCUCUUACUGGAGCUGCCAACACACAAAACAGUAACCUUCCAAAUGAUAACGAAGCCUUCGAUCGGGAGGCCAUCUAGAGACCAGGAGCGUGGGGUAUUCCUACUAGUUUCCUUCGCAGAUCAGCCACAGAGCUGCCCUCAGUGUUCCGUUCAGAGAAUGGUUAUCGGCCUCCUGGCCCUGAUAGGAGACCUCCUUUACUUUGGAAACUAUUCUUUCUCCAUUGCGGAUAUCCCAUGCGAAGAGUUGAGAUUUGAGAAACAACUAUGGCUUCAGCAUCAUGCCAUCAUCAUGUUAUAUCUAUGUUGCCGGUAGUUAGGGUUAUUAUAGUUUUCAGGCACCCUUGUUGCCAGUUGAAAAUUAUCUGGAAUUCCUGUACUGGUUUAUAGUCAUGACUGUACCUGCUGCUGCCGAUGUUGCCAUUGAACCAGAAUGCUGACUCCUUGAAUCAGUGGUGCUGUUU